CCAUAACCAGUUUAGUCUCCUCUAGGACAUACACCGAGGCAUGGAGGUUAACAUUGAAUGGUUUGAUAAGAAGUUGAAAGUUCCACAAAAAAUGCUAAGCAAAAGUGGAACCGCGAAAUGUGAAUGGUUUUUGUUGAUUUUUGGUGCGGUUCUGAGCAUUGGAUAUGGACUGCCUCAGAAUAAGUGUUCGGGUGUUUGUGCAGGUUUAGGAGAUGACAGCUCAGAAACGAUAGAUGAGGGGAGCGAUUCCGAUUAUGGCUCUCUGAAUGACUAUUCUGACGAUUUUGUAAAUGCUACUAACGGAGGAAUAAAAAUCAACCAGGAGUCAUUAAGAUUUUUAACUCCAUGUCAGACUCCUAAUUUUGAAGUGUCGCUGUGUACUGAAAUAUCGAAAUGCCUCGUCUUGGAUUUAGUUAAAUCAAAAAAGAAAUACUCUCAAUUUGUCGAAGCUUCUAAAUGUGGACCCACCAACGAAGACCCAACCGAUUUUAAAGUUUGCUGUGGAAGAUACAACAGCUUUAGAAAUGUUAGCAUUGCCGCUGGUUCCCAAUCGGUUAAAGCUCUACCUGACAUUAGCAUUUUGCCAAAAAAAUGUGGAACUCAGAAACAACUUAUCAGAGGUCGAAUUGUGGGCGGAAAAGAGGCAGCCCUUGGAGAAUAUCCUUGGAUGGCGCGGCUGAUCCACAAAAACAGUCAUAGCCAAAAAAGUUAUGGUUGUGCGGGGUUUCUAAUCCACCCUAAAUACGUUGUAACCGCUGCACAUUGCAUUAAUUCAGAAUUUAGUGAAAUUCGAGGAGAUCCAUAUUCAGUGCUACUUGGAGAGCAUAACGUGACAACAACUGUAGAUUGUUCUCCUGGGGGCACAUUUUGCGCCGAUCCAUUUCAAGUCAGUCGAAUCAACAAGAUUAUAAUACAUGAGAACUAUGACCGACACUCAAAGGGCCAUCACAAUGAUAUAGCGUUGAUUCAUUUGAAUAAGGCUAUUAAACUGUCGAACUUCGUCCAACCCAUCUGUUUACUAUCAGAGGAAAAUCCGGAAACAAAGAAAUAUUUUUUGAGUGGUUGGGGCAAAACCGAGGAAGAAGAAACAAGCACAGUGAAAAUGAAGCUGGACUUAACUCCAUAUGAUAAAGCAGAUUGUAAAGAAAAAUUCAAUAUUGUCGAACUGGAGAUACAAGAUUCGCAAAUUUGUGCAGGUGGUGAGAAAAUGAAAGAUGCCUGUAAUGGAGAUUCUGGAGGACCGUUGAUGUUACUCAACGGAACUCAGCACUACGCAGCUGGAUUAGUCAGUUAUGGAAUCGGAUGUGGUAUGCCUGGUUGGCCUGGAGUAUACACUAGUAUACCAUUCUAUUUGGACUGGAUUCUGAAGCAAAUGUUGGAAGUGAAUACCAAAUCAGUCAAGCUAGGAAAGACCGGAAAGAAAAAUAAAAGGAAAAAGGUGCAACCGGUCGAAGACAAGACUACAACGUUAUUUGUAUUCAAAAUGUGGUAUCCGAGAGUACUGUGUUUACCAUUUUUGCUCUACAGUGUUCAUGCACAGUCGCUGAAUGGUUACUGCCGAACCCCGUCCGGAGAGUCAGCAAAAUGUAUAAGCAUUUAUCAAUGCAAUUCCUUGCUGGCUUUAGUUAGAACUCCAAGUAGGACUACAGAGCAAACGCAAUUUUUGACUUCUUCCAAAUGUGGCUUCAACUCAGCAGGAACCCCAUAUGUUUGUUGCGGAUCUGGAUUCAAUAAAGUGGAACAGUCAGACGGUGAUUUUUCCAAUCCGGAUUAUACAACAAAUCCCGCAAUUCCAGAUCGAAGUCAGUGCGGAUGGCAAUCCCAGAAUAGAAUAUAUAAUGGCGAAAAAACCGGCUUAGAUGAGUUUCCUUGGAUGGCGCUAAUACAGUAUUUGACUGCAGCUGGAAAGCAAAAGACUGCCUGUGCUGGAUCCUUGAUCAAUAGAAGAUACAUCCUAACAGCUGCUCAUUGUGUAACAGGCGCUGUCUUGGAGAAAGUUGGACAACCAAUAAAUGUUCGCUUGGGAGAGUACGACACGAGCAGUCCAAACAUCGACUGUUAUCACGAGGGUUCUUUCCGAUUUUGUAACCAACCGGAGGUCAAUGUGAAUAUUGAGACACUCAUUCCCCAUCCAGGAUACAACAACGCCGACCAGAACCGGAGGCAUGAUAUUGCUCUAAUAAGACUGAGUCAAGAUGUUCAAUUCUCAGAUUACAUUCAGCCGGUUUGUUUGCCAUUGCCUUCGGAAGCAUCCAGCAACGGCGAGACUUUGAUAGUGGCUGGAUGGGGACGAACCGAAUUUGGCAAAGACAGCGACGUAAAGCUGAAACUGCAGGUUCCAAAAGUGAACCCCAACUCCUGUUCAAGCACUUUUGGUGCCCUAGGGGUUUCAAUCACGGAAAAUCAAAUCUGUGCCGGCGGUGAGGAUGGCAAGGACUCUUGCAAAGGUGAUAGCGGAGGACCAUUGAUGAGAACCUUAUUCCAAGAUUCCUCCAGGUGGAUGAUUGAAGGAGUAGUCUCUUUUGGGUAUAUUUGUGGUACCAGGGGAUAUCCAGGAGUAUAUACUAAGGUAGCUAAGUACGUUCCAUGGAUUCAUCGGACGGUGAAAGCUUAGCAAGAUUGGGAAACAAGACUAAUACAUAUACGUACUUUCAAAUGUUACGCAUUUAUAUUAUAAUGUCAUAGUGCUCAGAUUAAAUUCGUGGGAAAUCA